AUGAAAACACAAGGUCGGAGGAUCAAGGGUGGUCUGUGAAGAAUGUGGGAACAGAUAGUGUAAGUGAGGAGGAAAGUAAAGAAGAAGAAGAGGGGCGUGAGGAGGGAAAUGACUUAGAAAGUUUCUUAGACGAGGCCACGCCAGGUUCCACCUCAGAAGGAGAUGACGCUUCUCUGCAGCGCAAAAUAAGAGGCUACUUCCAAAAUAUUGACUUGGGUCUCCAAGAUAAUGAGAUCCUGCCUCCUCUGAAGGGCUACAAAGCAUACAACACUCAGUUAGCACGUGCAGGAAAAAAGCAGCACUGGCAGGAGAACCGGUCCCGCAACAGACCCAUCAAGGGGGGCAACUUCAUGGAUGACUUUGAGGGUGAAGGAGAGGAACUGGAGGAGGAGGUUGAGGAAGAAGAAGAGAGCCUCUCUCACAUGGAGGAAGAGGCGAGAGCACGUGCAGAGAAACAGGAGGUACUCCGGCAGCAGGAGGAGGCUGAGAGAGCCAGAGAGGAAGAACAGAGGCUGGCAGACAUUGCCUCUGACAUGUUGCUGCAGUACAUGGGGAGGAAGCAGCAGUCCUACAUGAAGCCCCGGCAGAAAAGCAGCAUGGGGGCUGCCGGCAACACAGCUGAGGACAAACGCUCGGAGGAGGUCCUUCCUGAUGAAGAUGACCUGGACCAGGAAAUGAUUGACAGGCUGAUUGAGAUCAGCAGCAAGCUGCACCUGCCUGCCGAUGAUGUGAUUGAGAUUAUUAGUGACGUGGAGGAGAAGAAGAAAAAAAGGAAAGAGCUACAACAGCAGCCAACCAACACCAACCCUAUUGCCCCACGCUUUAGGCCUCUGGUACCUCCUCCUCUGGCUGCCCCACCUGUUUAUCACUACACAGCCUCAAAAAACCCCAAGAAAGCCCCUUAUAGGUACAACAAGUCCAACAAGAAAUGGCACAAGGAUAAAGUCAAAUCAUACAAGCAGGACUAUUGGUAUAAGCCUCAGAAGCAGCUUGACUAUUGGUAUAAGCCCCAGAAACAGUUUUUAGCCUUCCCCUCCUAUCCAUAUUACCAAAAGCCAUAUAGAGCAUACUACCCUGUUUAUUUCCCAUAUCCCAAACCACAAUAUUAUGGCAAGCCCCCCCCAACCAGAGACCAGACCAUCGGCCCCCAGGAACUUGACCUCCAGGCCCCAAGACGCCGGCACAGAGGCGGUGGUAAGAACCGUGGACAGGGCUGGAGGCAGCAGCCACCACCACGCCUGCCUCUCACCCCUUAUAUCUCUAAUUAUAUCCUUCCUCACCCACGGACCUACCAACCUCUACCCCCUCCCAAACCAAUAACCACACCCAGGAGAGGCAGGCGACCACCCUACUACUAUCCACAAGUCACACCGCCAGAUGACUAUGAGGAAGAUGGGCUGGUGCCUCAGCUGGACAGUGAGGAGGAACUGGAAAACUUUAUUGAGAGGAUCUACAUGAAGCGCAGAAUGUAUUGAGAGACUUUUUUGGACAUUGUCCGAUCAGAGGGACUCACGGAGGUGGGAUAGUUAUACAGUAGCCGGAGGAAAGCUAAAGCAGAGGUGGAAAAAAAGAUUCAGAGGAGAUGUGUUUUGAGCCUGAUGGAAAUUUAAGAAGUGAAAAGUUAGAUUUUUUUUUGGGUUAAUCACUGUAUUUUUGUUGAUUUUCUCAGUCAGGGAGAGGAUGAAGGUGUCCUAGUUUAAGCUCCCUGUAACCAUGUUCAGCCUCUUGCUCAGUUUACAUUUUAAAACAGAACAUACCAUGGUGUAUGUCUGCCUCCAUUCAGGUCAAUCUCUGAUGUUCUUGCAUAUUUCAGAGAUAUAUGGAGAACAUGUGCACACACACACACACACACACACACACACACACACACAAACACACACACACACACAAAUACACAUACACUUACAUAGAAUCACAUUUUGACACAUUCACAAGCAAAUGUGGCCAUUGUAAGAGAACCAUGUUUACAACAUCACUUUGUAUCUUCAGUUUUAUAUUCUGUAUGUCACAUUACAAAACUAAAGUAGUUCAAUUACUUCUUAUCUAUACACAUACAGGAAAAAAAAGAACACUGAUAUUGUCAAAUGUUGAAGGUAUAUUUUUGUUGUAGUUGAUGUGUGUAGUUGCCUUUCUUAUUUCUGAUUGGAUCAACCUUAAACAGCUGCAAUUUGCAAAGGUGCCAAAUACACACAUUUCAGUUUUUCAAACUCGAGAUUCAGAUUUUUGCCUUACAAGCACCAUGGUUCUAUAAGGGAAAUAUCAUAUCGCAUAAUUCUAUCAUCAUCCCAAUGUAGAAACCCUGUGGACUCCAAAAGCACAAUGUUAAACACUAAACACUUCCAACCUGGUGGACUAAGGGUUUUCAAACAUUUUGGGAUCCGGAAGUUAUUGUGUCAGCAUAUUUACGGCAGAUCUACCAUCACCACAUCCAGGCAGUGCUCCGUAACUCUGCGGGAGUGCUUCAUGUUUGGUUUUUUUUAAAUCAUUUUCUUGUUGUUCAUCUCUAAUUCACAUUUACUUAAAUUUGUUUUGCACUCCUACUUGCAUCAUAUCUAUUGUCCCUAGUUUUUCCUUUCCUUUAAAAAAAAAAAAAAAAAAAAAAAAAAAAGAUAUAUACUUGAAAUCACACUAUCUGUUUUGCAGCCUUUUUAAAAACAGAUUUCCACCAAGAGGCUACAAACAUUUUUUUCAUUUUUCAGAAGAAAUUCAUUGAAAAGUUUCAGGCCGGGGAGUCAGGGAUUGUGCUUAAACCGUUAAAUGCACGUCUUUCUACUUGCAUCUUAAAAAAUGAACAAAAAAAAAGAACAAAAAAAAGAGAAAAAAAUAAAACAGUAUGGAGAAUUCAAAAUUGUUGUUUUCUCUGAAUAAACUGUGAACAUAAAAAUAAAAAUAAAUCUCAAAGGAAGAGGGCCACUGUGUCCACAGUGAAGCCAUCUGUCUUGUAAAAGGAGAGUGUUGUUGUUGAUGUCACUUUAGCAUUGUAAGAUGUACAGUGUGAAAUAAAUAUGCCCGUGCAAUGUGUAAAUAACAGCAUGAUGAUUACUAGUUUUGCUAUAUGAUAAAAAAUAAAAGCAAUUAUUUUA